UGUUUCAAGCACUUCUCCCUCCCUCCCUCCCUCCCUCUCUCUCUCUCUCUCUCAUGUCAUAAUUAGUGCCAGAGAUAACACUAUCUGCUACUCUUCUCUUCUGUCUUCUAAUUUGCUAUUGAUGGCUGCACUUACCUUCUCACAAGAACAGAAAGAGACUCAAGAAAAACAGCCGUCCAGGCGCAGGCGAAAGCUGCAAAAGCAAAAGGAAAAGCAACCAUCUUCAUGGGACCAAAUCAAGAACCUACUGACCUGCAAACAGAUCGAAGGGUCAAGAGUACACGACCCAUCAAAGAACCCCAUUGGAUACCCAAAAUUCGGCUCUUCCUGCAGCUCAAUAUGUAGUUUCAAAGCCGUUGUUCAUGGCAACACGAGGGUUGUCCAUAGAGCUGACAACUCACCUGAAAGCAGCACAGUGGGUCAAGAAACUGGGCUACUGAGUCGGAAAGAUGUAUGCACCGGGUCAUCAUCAACUCGGUCAUUGGCGGGGCCAGGGAGAUCCAACGGCGGUGUAACGCACUCGUCAUCCUCUAGAGGCAUGCAAUUCAGGAAGCUUUCAGGUUGCUAUGAAUGUCACAUGAUCGUUGACCCUAGCAGAUACCCAUCUGCAAGAACCACAAUUAGUGCCUGUGCUCAGUGUGGAGAGGUCUUUCCAAAGAUUGAAAGCUUGGAGCUUCACCAAAAAGUUCGCCAUGCUGUAUCGGAGCUGGGGCCAGAGGAUUCGGGCCGAAAUAUCGUGGAGAUCAUCUUCAAAUCAAGCUGGGUCAGAAAAGACAACCCAUGCUGCAAGAUCGAAAGGAUAUUAAAAGUCAACAACACACAACGAACGAUCCAACGGUUUGAGGACUGCAGGGACGCAGUGAAGGCACGUGCACUCAGCAGCACUAGAAAAAACCCCAGGUGCGCAGCUGACGGCAACGAGCUUUUAAGAUUUCACUGUACAACGCUAACUUGCUCUCUCGGCUCACGGGGUUCGUCCACCUUGUGCGGCUCAAUCCCUGGCUGUGGAAUAUGCACCAUAAUAAGGCACGGGUUUCAAGGCAAAGAGUGCAAAGGUGUACGCACCACGGCUAGUAGCGGUAGGGCCCAUGACUCACUGCUGGGCUGUACGGACGAGCGUAGGGCCAUGUUGGUGUGUCGUGUGAUUGCUGGGAGAGUGAAGCGCGUGGCGGAGGAUGCGCCGCCGCCUGAGGAGGAUGGUGCGUCGUCAGCUGCUGCUGGCUCAUAUGAUUCUGUAGCCGGGUAUGCUGGGAUUUACUCGAAUCUCGAGGAGUUGUCUGUGUUCAAUCCGAGGGCUAUAUUGCCUUGUUUUGUUGUCAUUUACAAGGCUCUCGAGUCUUAGAUUAUUUCUUUGAGCUUGUUCUUGUUGUUUUCCCCAAGUAGUUUCCCUUCUGAUCAUGCUCAAAACCUAUUAUACCUCAAGCAACGGUUAGCGUAACCCCGCUAACCUCUGCAGGUGUUUGUGUAUAUAAACCAGACCUGAAGACUUCAGAUUGGAGAGAUUAUUCACUACAUUUCUUUUUCCGGUUAA